UCAUCUCCAAUACGCCCCGUGAAAGGGAAUAACCCUAGUCAACCCCGUCCAUCGCGCCAACUCCAACACGGCGAGCAGGGCAUACCCACCGAAGAACUGCAUAGCACACACCACGCCAAGCAACUGCACGAUCAUCGCGGUGUUCACCAGCGGCAUGCUCGCCAGGAACACCCACAGCCCGAGCGUAUCCAGAUACGCCAGCAGCCGGCGCCGCGCCAGCCGGUAUUGCGGCUGCUCAAGGUACAGAUUGACCAGAUUCUUCAGCAGCAGCCCACCGCCGAUCCAGAGCGUGCUGCGCCACUCGGUCGGCAGAAUGCUGUGCGUGUAGCGCAGGUCCAGCGACCAGGCGCCCCACCGCACCAACUGGUUGUUGUGUGGCGUAAGGUACUGCAGGAGCUGGUGCGUGCGGCCGUAGAAGGUGGUGCGGUGCACGAGCUCCAGCGACCACCAGACCUGGAACGCGAGGUGGGCGUACCGCAGGGGGCUGUUGCUGUGGAGGGUGGUGCAUUGCUUCAGGACCAGCCAGGUCUGGGUAAUGAGGCCCAUGGCCCAGGCAAGGGGAUUGUGUCGGGCCCAGCUGCUGCUGCCGCCGCCACCGGUGGCGUAUCUUUUGUGCCCUUUGUAGUUGGUGGUGAGGGACGGCAUCUGGAGGGUUGGUGUGUAGAUAUAUUAGUAGGGUUUGUCGCUAGAUCCGGGGGCGGUUCAGAUGUUGGAUAGCACGGGGACUUGCCUGAGCGGUGUUGGUCAUGCUUGAAGUGUCAGAUACUCG